CCCCCCGUUCCCGGCGCCCCGACCGGCGGCGGAGGGUGUAAAGGUCGGUGUGUCUCCCCGCCGGUCGGUCUGUCCGCCCGCCGGCCCCAUGCCCCGCCUGUAGCGCCCCAGCAAUGUCCACCGCGCAGCUCUACACCAAGUACACUAGGGUUUGGAUUCCUGACCCUGAUGAAGUUUGGAGAUCGGCAGAAAUUAUCAAGGAUUACAAAGAGGGAGAUAGAAGCCUCCAUCUGAAACUUGAAGAUGAAACUCUCUACGAGUAUCCUAUCGACCUCCAAGGAAACGAGCUGCCUUUCCUUCGCAAUCCGGAUAUCCUGGUGGGAGAGAAUGACCUGACUGCCCUGAGCUACCUGCACGAGCCUGCAGUACUCCACAACCUCAAAGUCAGGUUCCUCGAGUCCAACCACAUCUACACAUACUGUGGUAUUGUUCUUGUUGCCAUCAAUCCAUAUGAACAGCUGCCAAUCUAUGAACAAGAUGUCAUCUAUGCGUACAGUGGCCAAAACAUGGGGGAUAUGGACCCUCACAUCUUUGCAGUGGCAGAGGAAGCCUACAAGCAGAUGGCCAGGGAUGAGAAAAACCAGUCCAUCAUCGUGAGCGGGGAGUCAGGUGCUGGAAAGACAGUCUCUGCCAAAUAUGCCAUGCGCUUCUUUGCAACCGUCGGUGGUUCUGCCAGCGAGACUAAUAUCGAAGCCAAAGUCCUCGCGUCAAGCCCAAUUAUGGAGGCGAUUGGAAAUGCUAAAACAACUAGGAAUGACAACAGCAGUCGCUUUGGGAAAUACAUUCAGAUCGGCUUUGAUAAAAGAUACCAUAUCAUUGGUGCCAACAUGAGGACAUAUCUGUUGGAAAAGUCACGGGUUGUAUUCCAGGCAAAGGACGAGCGCAACUACCAUAUCUUCUAUCAGCUUUGUGCCUCAGCGAGUCUUCCAGAAUUCAAAGACCUUGGACUAACAUGUGCUGAAGACUUUUUCUACACUUCUCAGGGAGGUGACACAUCUAUCGAUGGUGUGGAUGAUGCUGAUGACUUUGAGAAAACCAGGCAUGCCUUCACCCUGCUUGGAGUGAAGGAGUCUCAUCAGAUGACCAUUUUUCGGAUAAUUGCUGCCAUUCUGCACCUAGGGAACUUGGAAAUCCAAGUGGAACGAGACGGUGAUGCCUGUAGCAUAUCGAGCGAGGAUGAGCACUUGAACCACUUCUGCAGCUUGCUGGGCGUGGAGCACAGCCAGAUGCAGCACUGGCUUUGCCAUCGCAAGCUCAUCACCACAGCUGAGACCUAUGUGAAGACCAUGCCUGUCCAGCAAGUGGUGAAUGCCAGGAAUGCCCUGGCCAAGCACAUCUACGCCCAGCUCUUCAACUGGAUUGUGCACCACAUCAACAAGGCCCUGCACACCACCGUCAAGCAGCACUCCUUCAUUGGCGUGCUUGAUAUCUACGGGUUUGAAACUUUUGAAGUGAAUAGCUUUGAACAGUUUUGUAUCAACUAUGCGAAUGAAAAGCUUCAGCAGCAGUUCAACUCGCACGUGUUUAAGCUGGAACAAGAAGAGUACAUGAAGGAGGGAAUCCCUUGGACUCUCAUAGACUUCUACGAUAACCAGCCCUGCAUAGAUCUUAUAGAGGCGAAACUUGGUAUCUUGGACCUACUGGAUGAAGAGUGCAAGGUUCCCAAAGGCACCGACCAGAACUGGGCACAGAAGCUGUAUGACCGGCACGGCAGCAGCCAGCACUUCCAGAAGCCCCGCAUGUCCAACACCUCCUUCAUUGUCCUGCACUUCGCCGAUAAGGUGGAAUACCAGAGUGAGGGGUUUCUGGAGAAGAACAGGGACACCGUGUAUGAAGAACAGAUCAACAUCCUGAAAGCCAGCAAGUAUCAAAUGGUAGCAGACUUAUUCCAAGAUGAGAAGGAUGCUGCACCCACCACUUCCAUGGGAAAGGGAACAUCCAAAAUCAGCGUCCGUUCUGCCAGACCAGUCAUCAAAGCUGCCAAUAAGGAGCACAAGAAAACAGUGGGACACCAGUUCCGCAACUCACUGCAUUUGCUCAUGGAGACUCUGAACGCCACCACCCCGCACUAUGUGCGCUGCAUCAAGCCAAACGACGAGAAGCUCCCUUUUAAAUUUGAUCCAAAGAGAGCAGUGCAGCAGUUGAGAGCUUGUGGAGUGCUGGAGACCAUCCGCAUCAGUGCAGCUGGCUUCCCGUCCAGAUGGUCCUACCACGACUUUUUCAACAGGUAUCGUGUUCUUAUGAAAAAGAGAGACCUUUCUAAGAAGGACAAGAAGCAGAUCUGUCAGACCCUGUUGGAAGACCUCAUUAAGGAUCCAGACAAGUUCCAGUUUGGACGUACCAAGAUCUUUUUCCGUGCAGGCCAGGUGGCAUAUCUGGAGAAACUGCGAGCAGAUAAGUUCAGAGCUGCCACAAUCAUGAUUCAGAAGACAGUGCGGGGCUGGCUGCAGCGGGUCAAGUACAAAAGGAUGAGACAAGCUGCAGUCAUCAUCCAGCGCUACACACGUGGGCACCUGGCACGGAGACUUGCUGAGCACCUGAGGAGGACAAGAGCUGCCAUCAUCUUCCAGAAGCAGUACCGAAUGCUGCGGAUCCUCCGAGCGUUCCAGAGAGUCCGCAACGCAACCAUCACCAUUCAGGCUUUUGCUCGGGGCAUGUUUGUCAGGAGGAUUUAUCACAAGAUCCUUGCAGAGCACAAAGCCACCAUCCUCCAGAAGUACGCACGUGGCUGGCUGGCCCGCACUCACUUCCGUCGGGUCAGGGGUGCCACCAUCGUCCUGCAGUGCUACUACCGGCGCAUGAAGGCCAGGCAGCAGCUGAAGGCGCUGAAGAUCGAGGCCCGCUCGGCACAGCACCUGAAGAAGCUCAACAUUGGCAUGGAGAACAAGGUUGUCCAGCUUCAAAGGAAGAUUGAUGAGCAGAACAAGGAAUACAAACUUCUGAAUGAGCAGCUCUCUACUCUCAUGUCUGCCCACUCCACCGAGGUGGAAAAGCUGAAGAAGGAACUGGUGCAAUAUCAGCAGAGCCACCAGGGUGAUGGCAACCAGCUUGUCAGCUUGCAAGAAGAGAUGGAGCACCUCCGGUUGGAGCUUGAAAAAGCUCAUGGUGAGAGAAAGGUCAUGGAAGACAGCUAUGUUAAGGAGAAAGACCUACUGAGAAAGCGCAUAUCCGACUUGGAAGAAGAAAAUGCCCUCCUGAAGCAGGAAAAAGAGGAGCUCAACAGCAGGAUCCUGUGUCAGUCUGAAGAUGAAUUUGCGCGAAACACAGUUGAGGAAAAUAUCCAGAUGAAGAAAGAGCUGGAAGAAGAGAGGUCUCGUUAUCAGAACCUGGUAAAAGAGUAUUCGAGGCUGGAGCAAAGAUAUGACAACUUGCGGGAUGAAAUGACUAUUAUAAAGCAAGCACCAGGGCACAGGAGAAACCCAUCCAACCAGAGCAGUUUGGAGUCCGAUUCCAAUUAUCCAUCCAUAUCAACCUCUGAGAUAGGAGACACUGAGGAUGUAAUACAACAAGUGGAGGAGGUUGGAAUGGAGAAAGCUGCCAUGGACAUGACCCUCUUCCUAAAGCUGCAGAAGAGAGUGAGGGAGCUCGAGCAGGAGAGGAGGAAGCUGCAAACCCAGCUGGAGAAAAAGGAGCAAGAAAGCAAGAAAUCCCAGGUAAUUGAAAUGAAGACUGAAGUGACUUCAGACCACGAAGAUUUUGCGUACAACAGUCUGAAGAGGCAAGAGCUGGAGUCAGAGAACAAGAAGCUGAAAAAUGAACUUAAUGAGCUGAGGAAGGCCAUUGCAGACCGAGCAACCCAGAACAACUCAUCCAACGAUAUUCAGGACAGUUAUAAUCUCCUACUGAAUCAGCUGAAAUCGGCCAACGAGGAAUUGGAAGUGCGUAAGGAAGAGGUGCUCAUCUUGAGGACACAGAUUAUGAAUGCAGCCCAGCAAAAACAGACUGGGAAAAACAUGGUAAAUGAGAGGGAAAGCAUCCCCACCAAUGCCAGCUGGCCGAACAGUGACAAGCACAUUGAUCAGGAGGACGCGAUCGAAGCCUACCAGGGGAUGUGCGAGACGAACCGCAAGACUGAGGACUGGGGCUAUCUCAAUGAAGAUGGAGAGCUCGGCUUGGCUUAUCAAGGCUUAAAGCAAGUUGCCAGGUUGCUGGAAGCACAGCUCCAGGAUCAGAGAAGAGAUCAUGAAGAGGAGGUAGAAGCUCUGAGAAACGAGGUGGAUGCAAUGAGAGAAGAGCUGGAGAAGCAGCAGCAGGCUUUCCUGCAGACCCUGCAGCUGUCUCCAGAGGCACAGGUGGAGUUUGGACUUCAGCAAGAAAUUACACGUCUCACCAAUGAAAACCUGGAUCUUAAAGAAUUGCUGGAGAAGUUGGAAAAGAAUGAAAAGAAGCUGAAGAAGCAGCUCAAGAUUUACAUGAAGAGGGUUCAAGAUUUUGAAGCAUCCCAAGCCAUGGUACCAGCAGAGAGGAGGCAGCAUGAGCGCAACAUGCAAGUUGCUGUCCAGAGAAAGGAGAAAGAUUUUCAGGGCAUGUUGGAAUAUUAUAAAGAAGAUGAGCCACUCCUCAUCCGAAACCUCAUAACGGAUCUGAAGCCCCAGGCCGUGUCUGCUACUGUUCCCUGCCUUCCUGCCUACAUCCUCUACAUGUGCAUCAGACAUGCGGAUUACAUCAAUGAUGACCAGAAAGUGCACUCCUUGCUCACCUCCACCAUCAACGGCAUCAAGAAAGUGCUGAAGAAACACAACGAUGAUUUUGAGAUGACGUCGUUUUGGCUGGCAAAUACAUGUCGCCUUCUGCACUGUUUGAAGCAGUACAGCGGAGAUGCGGGCUUCAUGACACAAAACACACCUAAGCAGAAUGAGCACUGUCUGAAGAACUUUGACCUGACCGAGUACCGCCAGGUGCUGAGCCACCUCUCCAUCCAGAUCUACCAGCAGCUCAUAAAGAUAGCAGAGGGCAUACUCCAACCCAUGAUCGUGUCUGCCGUGUUGGAAAAUGAGAGUAUACAAGGGCUUUCUGGUGUCAAACCAAUGGGCUACAGGAAUCGCUCCUCCAGCAUGGCAGAUGGUGACAGUUCCUACAGCUUAGAAGCAAUCAUUCGCCAGCUGAACGUAUUCCACGGCAUCAUGUGUGACCAGGGUCUGGACCCAGAGAUCGUGCAGCAGGUCUUCAAGCAGCUCUUCUACAUGAUCAACGCGGUUGCUCUGAACAACCUCUUGCUGAGGAAGGAUGUUUGCUCGUGGAGCACUGGGAUGCAGCUAAGGUUUAACAUAAGCCAGCUGGAGGAAUGGCUGCGUGGGAAGAAUCUGCAGCAGAGUGGAGCAGCAGAGACUUUGGAGCCCUUGAUUCAGGCGGCGCAGCUUCUGCAGCUGAAAAAGAAAACCUCAGAAGAUGCCGAGGCCAUCUGCUCCUUGUGCACAUCGCUCACAACGCAGCAGAUUGUAAAGAUACUUAAUCUCUACACUCCUGUGAAUGAGUUUGAAGAACGUGUGACCGUAGCUUUCAUACGAGACAUACAGAUGCACUUACAAGAGCGGAAUGACCCACCGCAGCUGCUGUUAGACUUCAAGCACAUGUUCCCGGUUUUGUUUCCUUUCAAUCCAUCCUCCAUAACCAUGGACUCGAUUCAUCUCCCUGCUUCUCUCAACUUGGAAUUUCUCAAUAAAGUCUGAAGAAAGUGUAAUUACUCCCACCUCUCCUACCCAGAGACCUCCUGAGAAGAAAGAAAAUUCAUGAAUGGAAUCUAAGGAGCUCUUCAAACAUGGACCAAACAGGUUUAUGGAAGAACUGAUACACAGUAAUAAGUGGAUGCUAAACUGUACAGUAAAAAAGAGACUGAUCUGUAUGUGAUUGUUUUGGUAAUUUGCAGCUCAGAAAUAAGGAUACUUGAAAUGCAGUUUUAUUUUAUUGCUUGAUUUUAUGUUGGCACAGUUCAAAGCCCAUAAUCAUCUCCAAAAGCCACUAACAAACAAGAAUGGUGAGUGGGAGACAGUUUACUUUGAUCUUCAUAGGUGUCUAUGAAGAAAUCACAUAUAAGUAAAAAACUCAAUCCAAGACACUUGUGCUGCCUUGAAGGACGUGUAGUUUGUCUGAUAGCUAGGUAGUUUGUACGUAUUAACAAUGGGACAUGCAGUUCUUCUUCUUGUUCUUGCAAGCAACUAUCAUGACAGUGAGUUCAGAAAGUAAAUUGCACAAGGUGCAAUACGUAUUUAUCAUGCUGGUUAAGGCAACAGGCUUGGACACUGCCUGUUUCCAUGGAAUUUAUCACAGAUUAUAUGUUUGAGAAAUGCUGUUACUCCUCCUAACCAUAUCCAGUGCAUCUGCUUCAUGGGGAUUCAAGUAAAUUGGCAGUUUAGACUUUCUUCCGUUAAGAAAAUUUACAUUAGUGGCUUGCAAAGGUUUUUUCCUAGUGAAAUAAGCUUGAGACAAGGGACUACCUUAGGCCUCCUGCUUCUGGUACAGAUAAGUAUCAUCCUGAUCCCUACUGCUGCCUUUCCUUGGGCUUUUAAAACUCAAAAACAUUCAAGUAGUGGCAUUCUUAGACAUCUUACAUGGCCUGUAUCAGAAUCCCAUGCAUAGAGAAGACAUGAUAAGGCAACCCAGUUUAAUAUUUGGGUUCCUGGUCCAACUUAUGUUCAGCAGGUGAGUUCUCAUCAUAGGAAAAAUUCUGUUUAAUUAACAGCCAUCCCAAAUUUCAAAUUUUUACCUAUCAUGCAAAGAUAGAGCUUGGAUAAAGGAAGAAUCCUUAAAAAAAAAAAAAAAAAAAAAAAAAAAAAAAGUUUUAAACCAAAAGGGAAUGGACAAGCAAAGAAAACACAAAAAAUAGUAAGAUGAUAUGUUAGUAAUGUAAGACAUUUCUUUAAGAGUGAACAUAGCUCUGUAUCUACAACAACCUUAAAUAAGUAAUUGCAAUCAAUUCAAAUUACUGUAGGACUGUUUUUACCUAACUGGUAAAUGAAACCAAACCAAGCCGCCGACCCCACCAGGUGGAAGUUGAAAGGGACCAACUACUCCCAAAAGCAGUCACUGGUUUUUCUCAGUACUUAUCAUGACAUGUUGAAUUCUCCGUUACUGCAGAACUGCUCUCCUCACUGAGAAAGGGAAAAGGUGGGUUCCCAAGGCCGAGUGAUGCUGUACAACGAUCCUGGUGGUGAUCGGUCUGCAAACCGACAUGGCGAUGCCUCUGCUGUAGCUCCGUGUGCCCAAGUGCAGCGAGGAUGCUUGGCAGCAGCAAAAGCCUUGCUCACCUUUGCACUGUGAGCACUUUGACCUUUCCACUGCCAUAAUGGUCUUGUCAAAGCAGACCUUAAAUUCCCUGCUUUUGUGGUUGCAGUUCCUGAAGUCUCAGACAUUCCGUGAUGAUAAAGAGCUUUCAAAAAACCCUCUCUGCAUCUGACUGACCACUUUUAUUCAGUGUAAAUAACAUCCGAACAGCUGAUUUAGGAUCAGGUACCCUGUCUGCUCAGAGGAUUAAAAUAGAACGUGAAGUCUUUUAAAAAUACACUGAAUCUCACCAUGCUGUAGUCACGUCUUUAGAUAAGGAGCGUGUUUUGAUUUAAUCAUCAUGUAUAUUACCUAGGUAUAUACAAACCCUAAUAUUCCUGUAUAUACUAUAUAUGUAUAUUACUAUCCAAAAAGCACAUUUUUAAAGACAGUUGAGUGCUGUGAAGAAUUAUAUUGGUCUGUGCCAGUGGGUAAACACCUUAUUUCAAGCAGACUAUGGUUUUGUAUGGCUGUUACCAGUGAAGGACAGGUUUAAGGCCAUUCCCUAAGGAGAAGUUGUGUUUUCCUCUAACCAUCACCCAGUUAAUUAUACAAGAAAGUCUAUUGCUUGUGUAGUACCAGCGCUACCUCCAAACUACAGCCCUUGAGCACCUGCAUCUACUGUGUAUACUCAGUAGUGCCUUCAUCUUCUCUUUGUGUACAAGGCCAACGCCACUGUUCUGCUGCGUGUGCCCAGCAAGCCCACUCUUCUGUCCCUUGCUCAUCUCCGAUGUUUUUAUUUAUUGUACCUACCUCUUUUCACAUUUGCUAACAAAUGUUUUUGCAAUGCCUUGAGUUUAAUUUUUUUAAUUAUAUCUUAUCCCUUUUUCCCAGACUACAGUAGUCAUCACAGUUUAAAAAAAAAAAAAAUUACUAAUUCAGAGCAGAAUUCAGCCUUUCUGUAAGGCAGUUUUAUCAUAGUGCUGUUUCUCAGAAUUCACUUUAGGCCAGCAGUUUCCUCUCAGGCUCCUUAGGUCUCUACCUCUCUCUGGUGUAAAUUAUUCAGAGUGCAAUUCCCAAAAGAUUGAUCAAGCCAACACUUAUUGUUCAGACUAGAUGGCAGGUUGCUGCAGAAUCCUCUUCUUCAACCAUUUUGUUGCUGAUCGCAAUUACAAAAUGUGAUUAAUGCUCUUCUUGGGGAUAAUGGUCUUGUACUGGCAUUUUCAGGAUCAUAAUUUAUAUGUACAACGAAGAGACUUUAUUAAAAAGUCUUGUUUUAUGUAUAGACAGGAACUGGAAUUUAAUGUCUCUAUCUGUGAUACUGUAGUUUGUCCAUGAACAUCCAUCUGAAAGAGGACUCUGCAUGAAAGAUACGUUAAUAUAUGCUAUCUUUUCUGCUAGUAAAUUUUCUAAAAAUGUUAGUUUUGUUAAAUGGCUAUGCUCAAGCAUGCCUUUCUUCUCUCAGACUGGCACUUCUUUAUUUAAAAAACAAACUUAGCACAAAGUAUGGCUUUGAGAAAGCUGGCCGUUUUCCAGACCUGUCUUUAUUUUUAAAUACUGAUUAUUAAGUUGAGUGUUUUCCCACUGUGUGCCUUUAGCUGUUACUAAGGUAACUGACUUCUCAGCCACUGUUUCUCUGGAACAGGCGGUAAAAUGUGGGAGUAUUUUUAUUGUUCUGUCAUAAAAAGUUGUCCAUGGAUUUAUGUCUGCUUAUAAAUUCUCACUCUGAGGAGGUCUGCAAAACCACUUUGAAGUUCCUAGGAAAAAUAUGAUACUGACACGUACUGAUUUCUGCAUGUAUCAUGUGUCCCAGAAAAAACAUUAUUGGGAAUUAAAAAAAAAAAUAAAAAAAACCAAACAAAACCCAAAACAAUAAUGAAACCCCCCAAAAAAUCAAAUCGUAGAAACCACUGCCCCUAUGAAACCAACGCUUCAAGUGGCUUCAACAACUUCAAGUUCAGGCAUGUGCUGUCUGAUCUACCAGCAGCAUCCAGGAUAAUGUGCAAUCUUUAUUUGCUUUGAUUUUGUUUUCCUUCUUUUUUCUUUUAUUGUCGUUCUGCUGCUGACGUUGCUUGCCUUUUGGUUGGUAAAGGUGGUGUAGCAGUCGAUUGUAGGAAAGAACUUUCAGAGCAGAGUGAACUUAUGUGAUCCUACAUCAUAAACAUCUUGUGCUCAUGCAACUUAUUCCACUGUAUCUAAAAGUCCUUCUUGGUCUGAGCGAAACGGUAACGAAACGUGGGCAUGUGUCAAAGUUUCAGCGUAGUGGCGGCCUUUCCUGACACUGCAACUUAAAACACUGAAAUCACCGCACUCCCCAAAGUCUUUGCAAUACAUAACGCCCCUCUACUUCUGUGGUUUGCGAAAGACACAAGUGGAAAAGAUGCACUUGAAACAACAGGUCAUUGUCCUCCAUUUUCAGUAGUAAAUUAACAAAGCUGUGCAAAUUUACUCUUUCUGACCAUACUUAACUAAAAAAUUAGCAUUUUGUCAUUGCAUAUAACCUAAUUAAAAUGAAUUGCAUGAAUUGCCAUGAAGCUGUUUCCUCCAGUUCUACUAAUUCACCUAUAUUGCAGUCAUAAGUUGAUUAUUUUUCCUGAAGGAUGUUCUAGAAAUUAUAUGUCAAAACAACCCAGAGGAAAUAUUCCCCAAUGAAUAUACCACUUACUUCAAAAGGUAAAUGCCAGUGGACGAAGACUUUCAAAUUUAGUUGAAAUUAGAAAAAAAAAAUCCAAAAAAUUAUCAAAAAAAUGUGCUACUAAAGUGCAAUGUCUCUUUUUUUUGUUCGCUUGUUUGUUUGGGGGCUCUUGGGGGGUUGCAAAUUCUCAUUAACAAGCAGAAGGUAUAACUGCUCUCAGAGAAGUCGAAUGAUGUGCAGGAUUGAAUACUGUAGAUGAAAUGCUACUGCUUAUAAAAUAUUUUUCCAUUCUGAACAAAUCUGUAAACUACACCUUUGUUUAUAGAAAAAUGCUUGUAAUAGUCACUGUACUAUUCAACUGGGGAUAAAAACAUUCUGUGAAAUAAACACUUUUGAAAAAAUUGUGACUUUUGGUCAAAAACGAGAAUGUAAAAAGAAAAUACACCGUUCAAUAUUUUACUUCUGUGUAUUGGAGAUGUUUACUUUUUAGAAUUACAGUGUGCUUUACAAAUACAUAUGAAUAGUCUCAAAGCUUUUACUUAAGACUUUGAAAGGUUUGGAAGUUGUAACUUGAUUUCAGAGGUGCUUAAGUAUUGUGAGCUAAGUAGAAACCAAGCGAGUGUGGAAUCCUGGCCAUAGCAGAUGAAUGGAGGAGAUGAAGCACCAGACCCUGUGCAUGUGCAGAAACGAGAUCGGGUGAAGUUUAUGGCAGAGAGAAAAUAUAGCAGAAACAGAGAAAGAAAAUAUGUCUCUGAUUCUGUUUUAAAGAGAAAGUCGCUUGUACCUUCACUCAUCUCUAAAUCCAUCAAAUCAUU